CGAAGCCAGCGGGCCGACGCCAGCGCCUAGCAGCCGCCAGGGGCCGCAGGAAGCACCCCGGGGAGCGGCGGCGGCGUGUGCGUGUGGCCCGGGUGCGGGCGGCGGCGCGGGAGCAGCGCGGAGCGGCAGCCGGUUCGGGCGGGCGUCAUCAUGGACGAGAAGUUGUUCACCAAGGAGCUGGACCAGUGGAUCGAGCAGCUGAACGAGUGCAAGCAGCUCUCCGAGUCCCAGGUCAAGAGCCUCUGCGAGAAGGCUAAAGAAAUCCUGACAAAGGAAUCCAACGUGCAAGAGGUUCGAUGUCCGGUCACAGUGUGUGGAGAUGUACACGGGCAAUUUCAUGACCUCAUGGAACUCUUUAGAAUUGGUGGUAAAUCACCAGAUACAAAUUACCUGUUUAUGGGAGACUAUGUGGACAGAGGAUAUUACUCAGUUGAAACAGUUACACUGCUUGUAGCUCUUAAGGUUCGUUACCGUGAGCGUAUCACCAUACUCCGAGGGAAUCAUGAGAGCAGACAGAUCACACAGGUUUAUGGUUUCUACGAUGAGUGUUUAAGGAAAUACGGAAAUGCAAAUGUUUGGAAAUACUUCACAGACCUUUUUGACUACCUUCCUCUCACUGCCUUGGUGGAUGGGCAGAUCUUCUGUCUACAUGGUGGUCUGUCACCGUCCAUAGACACACUGGAUCACAUCCGAGCACUUGAUCGCCUACAAGAAGUUCCUCAUGAGGGUCCAAUGUGUGACUUGCUGUGGUCAGAUCCAGACGACCGUGGCGGCUGGGGGAUAUCUCCUCGAGGAGCUGGUUAUACCUUUGGCCAAGAUAUUUCUGAGACAUUUAAUCAUGCCAAUGGCCUCACGUUGGUGUCCAGAGCUCACCAGCUGGUAAUGGAGGGAUAUAACUGGUGCCAUGACCGAAAUGUAGUAACAAUUUUCAGUGCUCCAAACUAUUGCUAUCGUUGUGGUAACCAAGCUGCAAUCAUGGAACUUGACGACACUCUUAAGUAUUCUUUCUUGCAGUUUGAUCCAGCACCUCGUAGAGGCGAGCCACAUGUCACUCGUCGUACCCCAGACUACUUCCUGUAAUGGAAAUUUAAACUUGUACAGUAUUGCCAUGAACCGUAUAUUGACCUAAUGGAAAUGGGAAGAGCAACAGUAACUUCAAAGUGUCAGAAAAUAGUUAACAUUCAAAAAACUUGUUUUCACACGGACCAAAAGAUGUGCCAUAUAAAAAUACAAAGCCUCUUGUCAUCAACAGCCGUGACCACUUUAGAAUGAACCAGUUCAUUGCAUGCUGACGCGACAUUGUUGGUCAAGAAUCCAGUUUCUGGCAUAGCUCUAUUUGUAGUUACUUUUGCUUUCUUGAGAGACUGCAGAAAUAGGAUGUAAACAUUAACACCUGUGAGUCCAGUUGACUUCCACUUAGCUGUAGCUUACUCAGCAUGACUGUAGAUGAGGAUAGCAAACAAUCAUUGGAGCUUAAUGAACAUUUUUAAAUAAGUACCAAGGCCUCCCCUCUUGUUUCUUUUCAGGGAUACCAUUUAAUUUAAUUGUAUGAUUUGUCUGCACUCGGUUUAUUCCCUUCUCCAAUCUCAGCCCCACGUUGUUCUUUGUUAUUGUCAGAAACCCUGGUGAGUUGUUUUGGAUAGAACUGUUUCCCCUCCUGUAAGAUGACGUCACUGCACAGUCACCGCAGUGUUUUCAUAAUAAACUUGAGAACGGAGAAAGUCAGCAUUGGAUUGUAUCAGUGGGCACGACUGGUGCUGUUUAUUACACAAGAUAAAUCAAUUGAUCAAUUUCGGAAUUUGUAGAAUUCCAGGUAAAGAAAAAUAAAGAUCAAGGCCACUGUGUAACCUCUCUGGCAACUCCUUGGCGUUCUUCAGAAGAACUUGGGGACUUGUUUGUCUGACAUUGCAGUUUGUCUUGUUGCUGGCCUGCGCUUGUGAAAGGAAUCUGCUGCUUCAGUAGGACUUGAUUGUUAACCAUAGAACUCAAGAGUUUGUUUUUAGGAUUUUACUUAAAAUGGCAUGUUUUCAGGUAGAACUUAACUAAAUGAUGUGUCUAAUUAGUGUAGUUUCUGGUUAUAAAUAUAUUGCUAUGUAUAUUUCAUGACUCUUUAAAAUGAUUGACAGAAUGGUAAGUUCUUAACAAACAUUUGUACAUUUCUUGUCAAGUCGUGAUCUUAGAGUUAAAUUUGUCUCAGAUAAGCUGUUAGAGCCUUAGCCUGUGUUAAGUUCCUUAAGCGGUAAAUCAGUGAAGCCAAGUAGGAGCCAACUUUUGGGUUAGGGUUUGUGUUUUGUCCCAGACCUGGAGUGGUACCUGAGUGCCGUGCUCAGCAGGUUUUCCCUUAUAUUCUUUGACUUGGCAUAGAAAACGAAGAGUUCUUCUGCGGGGACUGAAUAUUUGGGCAGACAUCAGGAUGCGUAAUCAUUGCUGUGUGAGUGUGGUAAAUAAAUGCUUCCUUGCUUUGUACUGUGUUGAAUUUGGAACCAACAGUGAAGUUACAACACUGCCCUGCAUAAACAAACCAGUUUAUGAGUUAAUUGUCCAAAUCGAAAGGCCCUUGGUUUUUCUAGGUUAUCUUUUCUGAGAAAAAAACACAUUCUCCAGCCUGUUAUUUUUGCUAGUUGUCUUUUCUUCCUGGCCAAACAAAUAACAUCUAUGUACAGUACUUUAUUAAAAAAGAGAGAAAGAAGACGAGGUUGGGGUGUGGGGCGAGCAGGGGGACAGGGUCUUACUGUGUGGCCAUGAGUGACUUGGAACUUGUUGUAUAGACCAAGCUGUCCUGGAACGCAUGGGUGAUCCUGCCUCCACGUGCCACGAUGCCCAACUUAUGUACUUCUGAUCUGACAAUAAAGUGGUAUGAACACCAAGUGGCUCCUGAGGAACCUGACAGUGAUAGAUGGGCUCUAAUGGAGUCAGGGUCCUGUAGUUGACAAGUGUCGGCUACAUAUAAAUUCUCAGAAUGGGGCUUGUGGCAAAGAUGGGUUGAUUUCCAAAUCAUUGUGAGUUGGGGCAAAUUACUAGGCUUUCCAUCUAAACUUAAAGAUGUUAAUACUUUAAUCUGACUGUAAAAAUAAUAAAAUGUGUGAGCUUCAUAAUUUUUUCUAAAAAUCUAAUUAGAGUUGGAUGGAAAUACUGAAGAAUUUCUUAAUGGAUACUAUAAUGAGAUUGCCAUAAUUUUUUAAGCUUGAUUAAGAGCAAAAAAAUUGUCAAAAUGAGAAUUACGAAGGAGUCUGGAGAGCUGCUUAGCAGUUAAUCAAUUCCCCACUGUCUGUAACUUUAGCUUCAGGAUCUCGUUUCUCCCUUAUGGCCUCCACAUCAGGCACACACAUGGUGUACAUACCUGCAGGCAAAAAAACGCUUAUGUACAUAAAAUAAAACAAGGGUUUUUUUUUUU